AUGUGGGCCCUUGCGUCGCUGCUGCUUGCAGGUCCUGUCCGAGCAGCUAUCCCCAACGCAAUGCUUCGCGGCAUGCCUUCUCUCCCAAAGCUCCCAGUGCCGGAUCGUUUCAUCACUUCGCCGAAUGGCACAGCACUCCCACCCAUUACGACCGUCUAUUACUUUGAUCAGCUCAUCGACCACAAUAAUCCACACCUCGGGACCUUCCAGCAGCGGUACUGGAUGAACUGGGAAUUCUACGAGCCCGGCGGCCCCAUCAUUUUGACGACACCCGGAGAAGGUCCCGGGGAUCGCUCCGAGGCCCUCAUCACCAAUGACACCAUCAACGGUCUCAUCGCUCAACAACAGAAUGGUGCAGUCGUCAACAUCGAACACCGUUUCUUUGGCUAUUCCAAUCCAUACGACAACCUCACGUCACAAUCUCUCGCGCUCCUUACCAUCCAGCAGGCCAUUGAUGAUCUCGAGUAUUUCGCGAAUACUGCUGACCUUCCCAUGCCUGGGGGUGAUGCUGUGAAACCAGGUCAGGCCCCUUGGAUACUGACCGGAGGAAGCUACUCGGGGGCCCUCACAGGUUGGACGAUGGUCAACAAACCAGGACUUUUCUGGGCCGCAUAUGCAUCUUCUGGGGUCGUAGAAGCAAUCACUGACUAUUAUGGGUAUUUCACCCCUGUUCGCGAGCACAUGCCGCAGAACUGUUCCUCUGAUGUAGAGGCAGUGAUCGCCUACCUGGAUUGGUUGUACGUAGCUAACGACACAGCUGGAAUCCAGACCCUCAAGGAGACAUUUGGCCUUGGUGAUGUUGUACACGUAGAUGAUUUCGCCGCUGCAAUUCAAAACAGCUUGUUCGAGUGGCAACAUCUGCAGCCUGAUGUUGGCCCAGGAGCAAUGUUCUUCCAGUUCUGUGAUGCACUCGAGGUCAAGAACGGUGUCAGUGCCGGACCUGAAGGAUGGGGACUCGAACACGCCAUCUACUCUUGGGGAAACUUCUGGAACACCACAUACUACCAAUUUAUCUGUGAAUCCGUGGAUGCUGAAACUUGUUUUGGGACGUAUAACACGAGCCAGCCCCACUGGACCAAUGUUACCGUGAAUAAUCCAAACAGGUCGUGGGCUUGGAUGGUGUGCAAUCAAGUCGGAUGGUACCAGGUUGGCCCUCCCGAGGGCCAGCCCGCAAUUGCGAGUCGUAUCGUCCAACCCAUUUACAACGAGCGCCAAUGCGUGAACAUGUUUCCUCAAGCGUUCACCUAUCCACCUCAGCCGACCACUACACAGACCGACACAAUGUAUGCCGGUUGGAACGUGAAUGUUCCACGUCUCUUCUUCGCCAACGGCCUGCGCGACCCUUGGCGUGAAGCAACUGUCUCUGCUGAUGGACUGAAUAAGCCUAGCAAUCCCAGCAUGCCGAUCUAUGAGAGCGAUGGAUUCCACUGCUCAGAUCUAAUCACGGAGAAUGGUCAUGUAGACCCAACUGUCGCGGCUGUGCAGGAAGCAGGAUUAAGGUACAUGAAGGAGUGGCUUGCUGAGUGGAGGCCGUCCACGUGA